GAAAGCUAUAUGUUGACUUUGUACAGUCUCGAUAUCAGCCCUACAAUACCUACUUGCUAUACCGAUAUCCCUGCUAACCAUCAGGACAUCGAUAUCAACUCUCGUUCUUCUUGCAUCUCACGCAUCUAUGAUCCAUAAAUUACCUCCUGCUUUCGUCAGAGUGAUGUAAAACCGGUUCUAUAUCUACUAUACCCGACAGCCACCCUAAUCCCUACCCCCGUAUGUCCCCUAAUAGUAUCAUACAGAUACAGUAAUACAGUCCCAGCAACAAAAUGCAGGCAGUACUUCACUAUUUUCGGGGUUACAAGAGAGAACAGCAGGACCUGUCGGGACGGGUUGCUAUGGUUGUCGGAGGGUCAAAGGGGAUCGGAUUCGAAAUAGCCCGAUACUUCCUGCAAUCAAACAUCAGCAGACUCAUGAUCUCCAGCGUGAACCCGAAGAACGGACCCCAAGCCAUCGAGAAGCUGAAGAAUGAGUUCGGCCAGGAUACGAACGUGGAAUGGUGCCCGUGUAAUGUUGGCUGUCUCAAGAACAUCCAGCAAGUCUUCUCGGGGAUAGCAGAGAGAGAAGAGAGACUCGAUAUUCUCAUCCUCUCAGCGGGCAUAAACUCCUCUCCCUUCGAGCUGAGCGUUGACGGAAUUGAGCGCCUCUUCGGCUGCAACUGGAUCGGACAAUCCUACAUAAUCAACUUGCUAUACCCGCUGAUGCGAAAGACAUCGAAGCUCCCCAAUGCCCCCGCACCGCGAAUCGUCCUCGAAGCAUCCGACAUGCACAAAAUGGCGCCGGCAGACGUCAAGUUCCAGUCGUUGGAGGAGAUCAACAAUGACAAGCUGAGUCCGAUACAGCUCUAUGCGCGGUCCAAGCUGGCCAUGAUCCUGGGUGUUAGAUAUGGCAUUCACAAGAAGAUUAUCAAGGCUAAUAAGGACAAUAUUUAUGUGAUUGCUGUUCAUCCGGGGGCUGUCAUGACAGAUAUGCAAUACCAAUACCAAGAAGCAUACCCCGGGCUUUUUGGGAAGAUCCUCACACUCAUCAAUCUGGGUAUUUCUAAGACCCCCGAACAGGGAGCUACAAGCGCCCUGUUCGCAGCGAUGAGUCCGGACAUUGAGAAGAAAGACUUGAAUGGGGCAUAUAUUGAUGACUGGAGCGAGUUAGCAUCUCCAAGUGAGAUGGCCAUGAAUGAGGAGCUAGGGAAUAAUCUCUGGGACUUGAGUGAGAGUCUGAUUAAACGCUCCGUUGGGCCUAAUGCACUGCAAAACUGGAAUCAGAUAAUAACUGCGUGA